AUGUCGACGCAACCGGGCGAGGACGUUGCACUGGACAAGUCAUCUUCAAUCAACUCCGUCAUUGCAAGCGAAAAUGCCAAUGCUGUCAUUGACCGCAACACUACCCACUACUUUGCAUUCUCAGCGGCCACUUUCCUCAUCCUCAUCUCGAUCCCAAUGAUAUUCUUUCCGAGGCUGCUCUCUAUCGCUCUGGGGGACGACCUGGCUUCAGUCGAAGGCGAAGGCGGUGUGCUACGACCGCUGAGCCAGCUCGAGUGCUUUUUUGCCCUCAUCGCAGGUAUCGCACACGUUGCUCUCUCGCUCAUGCUUAUCAUCCAAACGGGCGCAAUCCCACUCGUGACCACGCUGUCUGCAGAUGAGGGGGAAGCGAUGGCCAGUCCUUUCCGCAGUCCGGCCAUCGCCAUUGCUUCUGGCUAUCUCGGGGGUCUCGCAGCCGUUUGCUGGUCACACAGUCUGCGCUUCAUCGCAAUCAACGCAGCCGGUCUCACUGUCUUUGGACUGUGGUCGCUCGUCUUUGGCGCAAACCUUUCGCUGAAUUCGAAAGGAAAAGACAAGCAUCAGAGCAGUUUCCCAUUCAAGAAUGAUUCUGCAGAAGAUCGCAAAAAGGCAUAG